CCAAGUAAGGACGGACAGCAAGAACACUAACUGGCAGCUGACAGAGGCAGCUUAGACCGUAGAGAUGGUAUCGACUGAUAAGGAAUAUGAGAAUAUCUACUCUGGGCUGGUCUCUCCGGACAAUGAUGUGUAUAACACAUUGCAGCAGGCAACAAAUACUACCCAAAGGGCUCAGAAAAAAGGUAGACCCAGGCAUUGUUGCACACCGUGCAGACUGACUUCAGUGUGUCUGGGAUUGCUGUCUGUGUUCUUACUGGCCGCCAUCGUGAGCCUGUGUCUCUACUAUAAUGGAGUGCUUCCGCAUAAAUGUGGGGCAGCGAAUAGCUCAAUGAUACUAUCAGAGCUGGAGAGGCUUAAAGCCAACAACAGAAACCUGACGGAGCUGGGGGUGCAGCUGAGGAGAGAGAAGGAUGUGGUGGAGGGGGACAGGAAUACGCUUCGGAGGCAACUCACCAGCGCAAAGAAGGAGACGGAGAACGUGAAAAAAGAGAAUAGUCAACUUCGCUCCCAGGUUCAUGAGAAGCAGAAAUCCAUCGAUGAUCUCACCGCCAAACUGGCGAACAUUAAACACUGCCCCGGGGACUUUCUGCCAUUCAAGUCCAGUUGCUACUACUUUUCCCGUGCGAAGAAGAGCUGGACCGACAGUCGGAAGGACUGCAAGGCAAGGAGAGCUGACUUGGUCAAAAUAGAGAGCCAGGGGGAACAGGAAUUCCUUCACUAUCACUGUAAAAGUGAAUACUACUGGAUCGGACUGACUGAUUCAGCCAUAGAGGGGACCUGGAUGUGGGUAGAUGACUCUCGACUCAGUGUGGGGUAUUGGGAGGACGGGGAGCCCAACAACUGGGAGAACAGGAACGAGGACUGUGUCCAUGGUUUCAAGAAAGAGGAUCCACUGAAAAGCUGGAACGAUGCUGCAUGCCAUGAACACUGGUUCUACAUCUGUGAAACCAAACCUCAAUAACGUGACUGUGUUGGGUGGGUCCCACACAGUGCUGGUGCAAGUGUAUACACACACACACACACACACACACCACACACAACCUCCGUACCUCACAGAUUAAGAUUGCCUUUGGCCACACCGCGACUUGUUUUUUGUGUAUUUAAAUUGCAUUUAUGUCUCUGUGUAUCCACAUGGGGUACCGGAGAGCUACAGGGAGGGCAAGGGCAGCUGCCUGUCAGCAUCAGCAGAUGCACCUCUUCAGCUGAAUUGUACCAGA